AGCCGAGAGUGAAGUGAAUGAAUGCAUUCCCAAACCUAACAGUGCUUUCAGUUUGGCUUACAGUCUGUCAGUAGCGGCCGUUUCAGUGCCUCUUCUCUCUCACCCCUAAUGUAAAGGCAUUUCAUUUGUUUGGCUGUGUUUUGAGUGUAAAACUUGAAGUCGUGCUGAAGUUAUGCUUAUUUAGUGAACAGUAUUUGCUUUUUUGAAUCAUUAUAUUUAGCGCUUGUUUUUUAAUGCGUUAACGAAAUGCUGAAACAUGUCUCCAAUCGGACUCUAAACUCACUAAAUGUGGACACAAUUAGUAUCAAUAGCUCUGUUUUGUGCGGAUCUUCUAAUGGAUCCAACAAUGGAUGCGACGAACAGACAUCGAGGUCUUCGCGAUCCUCCAGUUCCACAUCUAUUCACGACUUGGGUCUACAAAAGGUCGUAAUUAAGAUAUAUUCUCGAGUGUUGUGUUCGGACGUGGAGUACAAGACAUUGUCGAUCACGAGUCAGACAACGAGCAAACAAGUGGCCCGAAUGCUGCUCAACAAAUUCAGACUUAAACAAAGAGAUCCCAAUCUCUUUUACCUGACACUAGAAGUAUGGAUCAGACAAACAGGCAUUCCCAUCCGGAGUGUAAUGGUUUUGGACGACGACACGUGUCCGGCACUUCUUCAGUCAUGUUAUCCCCAAAAAGACUUAAAGUUUUCACUUAUGAUGCGUUGCGGAGGUCUCAUAAAAAUCUAUGACAGCUGUCUUAUGUCAGGGUCUCUCUAUAAGAGUCUUCUGCUGUCGGACCGAACGACUGUCGACGAGUUGAUCCAACUAUUGCUGAACUGUUAUAACUUGAAUGAGAAGCCCUCGAAGUUUGCCUUAUAUGAAGUCUGUCCGUCCCGUAAAUGCGAACGCAAACUGUGCGGCAAUGAGAUCCCAUUAGCCAUACAGUCUCAGUGGCCGAACCCCGAUAUAUAUGUCUUUCAACUCCGAAAGAAUACUACAGAAGAAUAUCAAAUAAGGAAACGAGAAGUACGGGAGUUGCCGUGGAGUAAGACCUGCGACCGCUCCGGGAAUGUUAUGUUUCAUCUGAACAGUAAGGAUGAGGUGAACUCCAAAUCAAUACAUUCGCCGACAUUGAAGCCAUCGUUUAAUAAUUAUGAAAAUUAUUUCUACAUUUGAUUCGUUGAAGAAGAAAAAGAAAUAAUGAAUGUUUGAUUUGAAUGAAAGACUAGUCGUUAUCCAAAAUUCACACUUCAGUACAACAAACAAAUAAACAAACAAUUGUUCGGACAUUAACUCAAAUUCAUAUAACGCUAACGAAAAUUAAAUACAAAUACAGAUUUUUAUUUAUCAUAUGUACCGGAAUAUUAUGUUUCACUCUCCAGACUCUAUUCAUGUAUCUCUAAAUGUACUGCCAUUUCAUUCAACUUUUCUUAUCUGCUAAUAGUUUUUUCCCAAAAACCAAAUGAAUAACACAUUUCUUUUGCGCUGAAGUCUUUGAAUUUCCGUUUCGUCUAUAUUUGAAAG